GCGACGUGUGUUUGUCAGUCCGAUUCAAGGAUUGCUCGGGCGGCGCACGUGUGACUGAAGCAAAACCGUGAUGGCGCUCAAGAUGGUGCUCGUCGCUCUGUGUGCGGUGGCCAUGGCGGCUGCCGGCAGUCUCCGCCACAAUCAGGCACGGCUGGCGCCAUCGCUGGAAGACGAGAUCAACCAGGAGGCCACGCAGCAGUUCAACUACCUCAUCGGCCACAACUACUUCUUCGAAUGCCCCGACGCCGUUGUUCUCGACACGGAGGCAAUGGUGGGCAGACGGAGAGGGCAAUGCACUGUGCUCGUCUCUCAAAGGGGAUUGUUGAAUAUCAGGGGAUUGUUGACAUGGUCAGUGCUGAGCAGCAGUGCGUGUCGAAUCCAAGCUGCACUUACUUUCUCUGGUCAGCCGGAUAAACACUCAGACACAGACAGACAGACAGAGACAUUCACACGUGCAGGAAUCCAGAGAAGAAGCAGCUGUACAUCUGCAAGGACAGGGGAUUCGAAAGAGCCACCACACAGUUCGGGUCAGUCAGACAAUCACAGAGAUACACUCACCCGUGUCUCUUGUGUCAGGUGGACGAUGGGUGUGAAGCCCUCGAUGGUGGAUGUGUCAGCAGGCGCCUACCGCAUCAUCCGCAACGAGCAGGCCAUCUGUGCCGAGCCUAAUAUCAUCAAGACGAAGGCCGUAUCCGCACUCUCACAGGCCGCCGCUGGUCAGUCAUGACAAAACUCACCAGAGACACACACACACACCACGUGGUGUGUCGUUCGUGUGGCAGAGUGUGACAAGGAGCCCCGUUGCUCGCACUUUUCCAUGAACCUAUUGGCUGGUGGCGAAGUCGGGCCCACGGCAGGCAGCCACGAGGUUGUGUUUUGUUCCGGCCAGCUGGAGAGACUCAGCAUCGAUGGCUUUGUCGUUGGCGUCAAGCAGACGGGCGUGAGGGGACCACCCAGAGCAGCACGAGCGCUGGCUGCACCAUGGUCUGUCUGCUUGAUCAGAUCGGCACAUCACAUUCAGACACGUGCUCUCCCUGCCUGUGUGUACGGUGCUUGUGCAGCGACAUCAACGGCCCGAUCACCCACACAGGCGACAUAUUCGCACCGGCGACGGCCGCGGGUGAGGCGAAGCAGGGCGAGCAGGGCCUUAGACAUCAGGGACCCUGCGAAGAGAGAUGUCUAUGUUGUGUGUCGUGCUAUGUUGUGUCGUUGUGCUUCUGCGGAAACAUGGAUAUGAUCUGUUGUUAUUAAAGACAUUUAAUUAAACGACUGUCCAUCCG